GAAGAAGCGAUCAAAUGUCAGUUACAAAAUAUUCAUAUACAUUUUACAAAUUCCAUAGUACAGUAAAAUGUCCCUCGGAUUGCUUUAGUGGGAUUUCAGACAGCAUUUUUUGAACGUGAAAAGUUCCACGUCCACAUGUGAUCCGUAUUUUAGCCGUAGCCAUCGCCAGGGAUAUUCUUGUUGGGCCGAAACAGAUCCGAAUGCCGGGGAUGAAUUCUAUCAACGACGAGGAACCGCACUUCACUGACCCAAAAGAAGAGGCAAAAUACUGGCGAAAUUUAGCCGAAGAAUACUCUUCAAGACUGCAAGAAACGAGAGAAGAACUAGACGAAUUUCAGGAAGGAAGCCGAGAACUUGAAGCCGAGCUAGAGACACAACUGGAGCAAGCCGAAGCGAGGCAAAGAGAGCUUCUGUCUAUCAAGACAAGACUAGAAACAGAUAAUGAAAAUUUGAAGGAGAAGUUAGAGGCAAGCCAAAAUGAAUCAUAUCUAACAAUAACAGCUUUACAAGACGAAAAUGCACAAUUGAAAGCGAUACAGGAUGAACUCAGGAAAUACGUGAGACAACUAGAGCAGUCAAAUGACGACUUGGAAAGAGCGAAAAGAGUCACAGUUAGCUCAUUAGAAGAUUUCGAACAACGGCUCAAUGAGGCGAUUGAGCGAAAUGCUAUUCUCGAGAAUGAACUUGAUGAAAAAGAAACUUUGGUUGAAACUGUGCAAAGAUUAAAAGACGAAGCCAGAGAUCUUCAUCAAGAGUUGGCGGUUCGAACGCAGAAGAACUUGGAGCUUGAGAAAACAGCGACGAAGAGCGAUGUGGAUGGAAAGAAAGACGAGAAAACAAAAACUCCUAUUCAUAUUAAAAAGGACAUAAAGACUGAUCAUAGUUCUAUCGGCACUUCGCCGCAUAAAGUUCAAAAUGGCGGCACUCCACUUGCGCCCUCGGCAAGGAUAUCAGCGUUAAAUAUAGUUGGUGAUCUUUUAAGAAAAGUUGGGGCUUUAGAGUCAAAACUAGCGUCGUGUCGGAACUUCGUGAAAGAUCAACCGAGAAGUAUUAAAACAGUUGGUCUGCCCAAUGGCUCAUCUUCAGACUCUUCAAGAGUCGCAGCAUUCUGACCACGAGGAAAUGGCUAUGCCAUGCUCUUGAUGUUCGUCAUCGUCUAUCGCCCGAGAGUAUAAUUUAUCAAAAUAUCUAUUUUGCCCUUGUAGAGUAACAGUAUAUAUAUAACCUAUAUAAUAUGUAAUAUUUGUUUUUAUAAAUGAUUAAUUGCUAGAACUCAUGUUGAAUUGUAUUUUUCGCAGACAGCGAUGAAAUUAUUAGUGAAAUAAGUGAAUUAUUAAUUUAUUUAACACUCCUUGAAAUCGGCACAUUUUUUACAAAAGGUAAAACCUGACCUUUGGUCGGUGAGGUAUUAUAACUAUGCAGAAACCUUUUAUACUGAAUACAUUUUUGUUCCUCUGAAGAGUUGAGUUAUAUUUCUCCUUUGAAACAGUCGUGGAUUUAUGGUAAGUCAUAAUAAAUUACACGACUUCAUUUUAAAUUUCAAAACACCUUCAUAACAACGCAUUUGGUCAU